AUGUCACCGAACUGUCACGCAUGCGGCCAGCGCUGCGGCAAGGUCAAAGCUCCCCUUCUGGAUCUCGUUCCACCGGUGGAAGACGCUCCCACGAUGGAGAAGAAGAACAACAAGAAUAAGUCCCAGGACAAAGCAGCCACGGCAGAAGUCAACAAGACCGAAGUACCGUGGGUGAUUAACACACUCGAAAACCUGCUUGACUACGUCCACGAUUGGAUUCCAGGCUACCACUUUGCCAAGCGAGUAGUCGAAAACUUGUACAGACGCCCAAAUCCCACGGCAUCUCUUACCAUCUCCUCGGUCUACACGGUUUUCUCCACCGACCCCAUCGUCAACAUUACCAAAAAGAGAAAACGACAAAAGCAUAAGAAGACACCGAGUAUUCCGGCAAGCCCCGUUUAG